AUGUCUAGCGACAACGGUCAACGCCCUCCAACCGCCGGAAACACUGGCAGAGAUGACCCACCACCCGCUUCGCGCCCGUUAGAAAACAGGGAAGAUAUUAUCAACAAAUGGCUCAAAGAUAACUACAUCCACUACAAUCAUCUGGGAAACCCUCUUGCGCUCAAAGUAGAUGAAUUCAUCAAAAUUGUUGCAACUCAAUCUACGGACCCUGACAAUAGUUGGCUAGACAACAAUGCACUGGAACUGGCUGCAGUCAUUUUGACGAUUGAACUGAAAAAACGAAGCGAUAUAGUCAUCGUGCCAUCAAGCGCCGCCAUCAGCCUGGCCCGCAUCGGUCAGUGUAUGUGCGGCAAGGAUGAGUUUGAGAAAGGUGUUCUUUCGACCGGAUGUUAUGCUGCUAUGAAGAAAGAGAACGUACGAUGGAUCGUUGUUCCCGUGACGGACGGUAUGAUUAGCAGAGACGAAAGCUCAAUACCCUGCGGCGGUAGACAUUGGGGCUUCAUGAUAAUUGACAAGCAGAGAAAUGAUGCCAGAUGGUUAGACGGCCAUGUGACACUUGAGAAGAACCGCAAGGGCAAGUGGCGUAUAACAAAAAUGUAUGGUGCAGGAUGGGUUGCUGGUAAGAUUCUCUGUGGAUACGAAAAAGUUAUGGAUCUCAAGCGAGGGCAAUUCACAGCAGCAACACUCAAACAUGUCCCUAAUGACACCAAAGAAAAUAGCUAUAAGUUCGAUAAAGGCUCAGCGUGUGGACCAUGGGUGUUCGCUAUGCUUGAAUAUAUACUCGAUCACCCGAAUUUUCUCACAUGCGCGGAUGGACUCUACGGCAUAUUUAGGCACAAAGACAGGCAGAAGCACAGGAGAGCCAUGGCCUUUGACUCAUUAGCAUCGCGCAAGCGCAUACAGGAGAUUAUUCGGGGCGUGGCGGAGAGCAACCUAGGAGAUGAUGUAUUGCCGUACAGGAUGAGUACGCGCAUUUUGAAGAUUCUCAACUAUCCUAGCACUGUCGAUCUGUUGGUUGGAAUCGCUGACUUUAGUCGAAACAAGACACCUCCACCUGAACGUGGCCAUAACGGAAAUUCGGAGAAGAGGCUUGAUGACGAUGACGAUGAUAGCGACGAUGAUAGCGACGAUGAUAGCGACGAUGAUAGCGACGAUGAUAGCGACGAUGAUAGCGACGAUGAUAGCGACGAUGAUAGCGACGAUGAUAGCGACUAUGAUAGAGAAAACAGUGAUGAAGCGAACGAAGAUCUGCAAAAGGCAAUUCAAGAAAGUUUCCGUUCUAACAAAAAGAAUUCGGCACAAGGACCUCAAGGAACCCAGGGUCCUACGAAGUCAAGGGAACCUUCAGAGCCUCCAAGGGAACCUUCAGAGCCUCCAAGUGAACCGACUACCUUUCAAUCAUCCACCUUCAACCUCAGUACACACGGACCCAUGCUUGCCGCUGAUAUCCCAAACUUCGAGCCUAUGGAAAGCAAUAAGAUUAAGGAGUGGAGGGAUCUGCUUCCGUCCAACCUUAAUCAUCUUGUGAGCCAGAUGAACAUAUGGGGCCAGAAAGCUGUUCUCCAAAAGACUUUCGGUGGCUUCGGUAAAUUAACCCGACGUCAAAAGCGGUCUUGGCGGGAAAGCCAUCCACUGUUCAAGGGCAUUGGAAAGGUGGAAAUCGAAAAUGUAGCUGAAGUGCUGAUGGAGAGCGUCAAAAAUAUUAGUGACGUCUCGCUACAGGGGAGUGUAAUGUAUUAUCCUCAGAGCUACCUGAAAGACUUUGCAGCGCAACGCCCAGUAGACGCAGCAACAUUAGAAGCGGGUACGAGGCCUGCGGGAGACAACUUGUAUGAUGAUAGUGACAUCUUUGAUUACGACGACGAGGCCGAAGAAAACGAUUCGAUCCCACCACAACCUAAAAAACCAAGUGAGCAACCAUCAGGUGUGGAUACUUCUAUUAAGCGGAAGUAUGUAAAGGACAACGCCGAUGCGCCCGCAGCGAAAAGACUUAAGUCGUCAAGACCAGACUUUCUCACAAUGAAAGAUCACGAGCUACCUCUUUGGCUUGCGAGCGUACCUGAAGAGAAGAAAGCUCCGCUGCUUGACUCUGGAAGGAAGUUGAUUGAUCCAAUCCGUGCACGAAUUCACCUCGAGGGCAUAUUCAACGGUACAUUCCGAGAAUGGGCGGCCGAGGAGUCUUUUUCUGAGGUAAGCAAGGAAGAGAUCAAGGAAUGGAGAAAGAUGGUAGACGGUGAAAAGGGUUUUAUUAAAAGUUUGUACCGUAGCGACGAUGCAGGCCUGAGAAAAUUUCUGAACAAGAAACUGUACCCACUGGAAAUGACAGAUCUGCCGGAUUAUAGCCAGGACGAGACGAAAUGGCCUGAGCAUUGGAGGAAAGGAAAGGAGUAA